CCCUGGAAACUUUUCAUUGGAUGCUGUACUUACUGUAAACAAACAUACUUUGGUCAAAGGGGUAUAAAUUUGAGGUGCAUCGGUCAGACAGUCAGAAUACUCCUGUUUCGAGUUGAAGUCAUUUGGACCUGAGAGCAACUGCAAACUGAAGAAAAUGAAGAUCCAAACUUUGGUGCUGGCCUUUGCUUUGGUGGCUGUGAUCACUGCAGCACCAGCAGCACCAGCCAAAAAGGCUGCUGCAGUAGACCCAGAUGAAAAGGCUCUGGACGAUGCUAUUGCCAAGAACGGCCCUGCAAUAGACAAGGCGCUCAAAGACGUCACUCUCGAUGAUGCAAUGUCCGACUCUGACAUUCUGGACCUGAUUCUGAGCAACAUGAACAAUGCUGAUGCAGAUGAGGUGGCAAGCAACAUGACCUCCGCUGACACAGAUGACGUGUUGAGCAGCUUGGAUGAAGAUGAUGCGGCCAGCAUGAUGACCUCCGCUGACGCAGAUGAGGUGGCAAGCAACAUGACCUCCGCUGACGCAGAUGAUCUGGUUGCGGCAAGCGACGCUGAUGAUGACGCAGACUCUGACGAUGAUGCUGACGUAGCUGUAGCAGCAGACAGCGACACUGAUGAUGACGCAGACUCUGACUCUGAUGCAGACUCUGACUCUGAUGCAGACUCUGAAUCUGACGCAGACUCUGAUGAUGACGCAGACUCUGCUGACGCAGACUCUGACGAUGACGCAGACUCUGACGAUGACGAUGCAGACUCUGACGAUGACGCAGACUCCGACGAUGAUGCUGACGCAGCCAAGGUGGUUGCAAGUGCUUGAUAAGCUAAGAAAUCAGAAUCCCUCAAAAAUUGUAUAUUUUGUACGAUAUAUACAUGUGUAUGUGUUCUAUCUCUGCAGCUCUCCAGUAAAACAGGUAUCAUCUUGAUUGCCAGGCUAUGUACACUAAAGCCCUCCGAGGCAUUGUCUUACAAUAAUGGGACCACAUUUUGUUGCACUGUGUGGUGUUAAACCAGUUGUCCUUCGGGGACAAAUAAAAUUGACAGGUGACAAUGAUGUAAAAGCUUGUGACAACAUGAAAUAAAAGGUUUGUGUCCAUUUCAA